AUGGCUAGUUCUAGUCCUAGUCCUAGCACACACCGAGGCCAACAAGAAUGUUGUUUCCACGAAUGGAUGAUCCUUCAAGAGGCUGAUCUAUCAGAGAUGCUACAAGCUCUAACUGUGGAAGACAACUUUGGCGACAAAGAUGUGUUGCUAAGACAACUCGUUCAGAAAAACGUCGAGCACUUCCAAGCAUAUGCCGAUGAAAGAACCCGUCUAGCGCAAGACCACGUGUCACCUUUUUUUGCACCUUCUUGGUGUUCUUCGCUGGAGAAUUCUCUCCUCUGGCUAGCCGGCUGCAGGCCAUCCCUUUUCAUCAGGCUGAUUUAUGCACUUUCUGGGAUUGAAAUUGAGUCUCAUAUAGCAGAGUUUCUGCAAGGUACCAGGACUAGUGAGCUAAGCGAGCUAUCCCUUACGGCUCCGCAGCUUUCGAUGAUCAAUCAAUUGCAGCGAAGAACCAUAAAGCAAGAAGAGGAAUUGUCUCAACAACUGGCUUGUUUGCAAGAGAAGAUUGCUGAUCAGCCAUUUGCGUUAAUUGCAAAGGAAUCAAGUCUUGUUGCUAGCCAAAAUGUGCAAGCUGAUGAGGCACUUGAUGAACACGCCAAAUUUAUGGUGAGAAUUUUGGAGGAGGCUGAUAAGCUGAGGAUUAAGACCCUUAAGGAGUUGAUGAAUAUACUUAGCCCAGUUCAAGCUGUGGAUUUUCUUGUUGCUGGCAAGAAACUUCAUCUUUGCAUCCAUGAUUGGGGCCAAAAGAGGGAUAUCAAGCAUGGUUAUUUCCAAGUUUGA